CCGCGUGCGCCGUUGGCGUCGUGGUGUGCAAAAACUGAGGUCUCCGCACCGGCACUCGGCAUCUGACUAGCGCACGUCAGGGCAAACGCGACAGUGGUCUGAUUCGCGAUGGUCGCUGCGCCGAAGCCACGAUCGAGUGUUUCGAACGGCUGGAUGGAGUCUCGACUGCACAUCAUGCAGCCUUCAGCUUUCUCCGCUGGCGAGGACCCUGGACCGGAACUUGCCAGGUGAGAGACUGUUCGCAUUCCUCAAGUAUGCACAUUUGCCCUCCACAUCUACAGGACGACACCCACGUCAUCUUGCGAUCAUGGCGAUCCUUCCCCUUUCCCUCCCAAACAUGCCUGAGUUGAGCGAAGUUCUUGGGCGCAUUGGCCUCUCGACAUAUCUACCGGUACUAUCUGAGAACGGAUUUGGCAACUGGGAGACCGUGGUCGACAUCACAGAGGACGAUCUGACUACAUUGGACUUCAAACUCGGCCACCGUCGAGCCUUGCAACGAGAAAUCGCUACCUGGCGUGGAGUCCCGCAAACACUCUCUCUGGACCCGGACGUCGCUUCGCCCGAGCCGACGUCUCUAUCAACGUCCGCUCUGGAAACAUUGGCACGCCAGCAGACCACGCCGCCGCCGCGAGAGAAGCGGAGAUACAGACGCCAUCCAAGGGCGGACUCCCAGGCGCCCAAGAAACCCAAGACAGCCUACGUGAACUUUGCAGACCAGCUGCGAACUGACCCUCAAAUUAGCCAACUCUCUUUCGUGCACAUUGCUCGAGAGGUCGGGCGAAGAUGGCAGGAGCUAGCACUAGAACAGAAGCGCGUGUGGGAGAGCAAUGCCGCACGAGCCAUGCAGGAGUACGAGUCGCAGAUGGACGAGUACAAGCAGACUGAAGAAUGGCGGAAGUAUCAAGCGUAUCUGAACGACUUCAAAGCACAGCAGGCGCAGUCUGCUAGCGGGAAGCGAAGUCUUGGAGGCCGUACCGUGUCUUACAGCACCCGCGACCACUCGCGGGCCAGCCCUGAGACGCCGGAGAGUCCCGGAUCCUCGAUACCAUCGUCUAUCUCGUCUUCUGGUACCGAUGCCGAGGUGUGCCACAACGCUUUGACACUGGCAUUCAGCGAACUGAUCUCACUGAGGGGCGAGAUCUUGACCCAGAACGUGCGGCCGUACGACGAGAACAACCUUCCACCUGAGGAGCUCAUGAGACGGUCUAUGUAUGCGUUCAUUCGGGGGACGGGCUCGUUGCUGUUCAUGUGGAGCUACGAGCAGGCAGAUGAGGUCCUCGAACGAAUAUACCGACCCAAGGGCAAGAUCGACUCGAUGGAUCUGGCGGAAUGUUUUACCAUCGCUACCAUGGGUGCGCAUUACGACAUUGAGUGCUUUCCAGACCGUAUAAGAAAAAUCCUCUAUGCAUCCGGUACCCUCCAUUUCCACGAGCAGAAUGCAAGGGCCGACUAUCUACGUACGAUGCGUUUACUCUUGGCUAUGUCGUUCUACGCCUUGCUCGAGAAGCACAUGAGCGCAAGAUAUUUGAUCGCUGCCGGGUUACAAAUUGGACGCUGGAAGUGUCCGCUCCUGCACCGCACGCUUGUGGGGUCCAUGGACGACAACUGGCGCAGGGUCUACAGAAGUCUGAUCUUCAUGGACAGCUGGCUCUCAUACACGCUCGGCUACAACUCAGAAGCCACCCCGCAAGACAUUCAGAUUGCUUGCACUUCGAGGCGCCUGGUUCAAGACACAAUGGACGAGAUGAUUCACACGCAGACGAGCAAGGUUGGUUUGAUUGCAGCGGAGAUCGCAAAGACCUUGGCUUCGCCUGAACUUGCCACUCGCGAGAACGUAGAGAUGCUCACGCAGAAGUUAGAGACGUGGCGUAGUGAAGUGCCACUGAUCUUACAACUACCAACACUCACCUCGGAGGGGCCGUCUGAUCUGACGUUGUACCAAAGACGGGCAGUUUUUAUGGUCCAUAUCAUGUACCUGGGUGCUUUAAUCUUGAUCUACCGUCAAUUGCUUGUUGCGACUGCAGAAGGCCAGCUCACAGACGGCGCCUCCAGCAACCUCGCUUUCUCGGAGAGCGAUGCACGGCACUUCCGAAACGAAUGUGCCAUCGCAGGUCAGACCAUAGCACGGAUCCUGCGACUGAUUUCUUUCGACGGCACAUUGACAAGACGGUGUUGGCUGAUCAUCUACUGGGCGUUCACUGCCGCCAUUGUUCUUCUCCACAGCGCGUCGACCAAGCUGCUUGACGGCCAAUCGGAGGGUGUCGAGACGGACCUGGAGUUCGCCAGGGAAUGCAUGGACAUGCUCGAGCCCUGCCGCAGCGUCGAGCCCAUUGCAGCCAGAUACCUCAACACCCUCUGGCCGCUGUACGACUCGCUCCGCGACGUGCAUCAACGCAUGAUCGGCCGCGCAAAGACUAGCAUCUUCUCGCUCCUGCAAGCUGACCCCAACCGAAUGAGCCCACCGCUGGCGGUAUCGAAACACGAAAUGAGCCCGAUAUCCGAAAAGCUGUCUGUAUUGCUUACCGAUCCGUUUGGGCGCAAGCAAAACUUUACUGGCGAUGACAGCAUGAGGCGCCUGCUGAACGCUGACGGGUCCUGUUCGGUGUUCUGGUGGAAAUGAGGCGAUUGCGGAGUUUUUGUCUUUCAUCCAGCCACGUUUGCGACUAAAUCGCAGUUCCAGAGAUACCCAAUGAUACAAUCAACUGCGCUUCCUGCAGCCUUAGCAGCAGACACACUCGUCUUGUCUUUACGUCACGCUGCCUGUGUUUGAGCCCGUCUCGUCGACAAGGUUUCUGCUAUGUUGCUAUCCAUAGCAUAUUCUGGUCGACGGCCAGUGAUCCGACGCACGCCAUCCAUUGUAUCGCUUGUUAGUGCAGUGUUAAGUCGGUACCUGACUAGCGAUGAGGCUGAACGGCGUUCUAGACACAGCUGAGUUCCUGCGCUGACUAUCUAUCAUAUGCGUCUGAUAUCGGGUUCAUCCAGAUGAGGUAUAUAGCUGCGCAGACGCAACAGUGAGCCACCAAUAAUGCAGCGUGCGUCACU